AUGCAGCAGUUUGGAGCACUUCCGGUUAUGCAUCUAAAUCAACAGGCUACUUGUCAUGCCCGGAUGGUAUAUGUUGGAGGGCUUCCCCCUACAGCAAACGAACAGUCAGUUGCUAAAUUUUUCAGCCAUGUUAUGCAUGCUAUUGGGGGCAACACAUCUGGCCCAGGAGAUCCUGUUGUUAAUGUUAACAUCAUCCAUGAAAGAAAUUUUGCCUUGGUGGAGAUGAGAUCUGUGGAAGAGGCCAGUAAUGCAAUGGCUUUGGAUGGGAUUGUUUUCGAGGGUGCCUCUCUUAGGGUUAGGAGACCUAGUGACUACAACCCAUCGAUGGCUGCCACACUGGGUCCAAGCCAGCCUAGUCCAAAUCUCAACUUGGCUAAUGUCGGCCUAAUACCUAGUUCUACUUCUACCGGUGGGCUUGAAGUCCCUGAUUGCAUCUUAUUUGCUAGUGGUCUACCCUAUUUCAUUACAGAAGCACAGAUCAAGGAUUUGCUACAGUCUUUCGGACCGCUACGUUGUUUUCAACUAGUGAAGGAUAGUGAAAAAUCAGAAGGAUUUGCCUUUUGUGUUUACCAAAAUGCAUCAGUAACCAACAUAGCCUGUGAAGCACUGAAUGGGAUUAGAAUGGGAGACAUGACCCUCACGGUCAGGCGUGCUAAUCAAGGUCCCAACCAGCCAGAACCUGAGGUAGACAGGGCUUUGUUGCAUGCACAGCAACAGAUUUUAUUGCAGAGGUUGCAGUUGUUGCAAUUGUCUGAUCAUUCUGUUGCCACCAAAGUUGUAUGCUUGACACGAGCAUUUACGGAUGAAGAGCUGAAGGAUGAUCUCAUGUACGAGUACAUUGUGAAAGAUAUGAAGCUAGAGGCUCUGAGAUAUGGUUCUUUCAGGAGGGUCAUCAUUCCACGUCCACGAGCAGAUGGUGAGCCCUCUUCUGGAGUUGGAAAGGUGUUUAUGGAGUUUGCCGAUGUUGAUGGUGCUACAAAAGCCCACACAGAAAUGAAUGCCGGCUGGACAUUUGGAGGGAAUCCGGUAGCGGUAUUUUAUCCCGAGGACAAGUUUGCUCAGGGUGAUUAUGACACUAACUAG